GCAGGUGUACAACAUGGCGAUCACAGGCAACGGAUCUCUCGCUACUCUUCUCUUUUUGUUCAUGAUUCCAGCAGCUCUUCACAAAGGAGCUGCUCAGUACCCAGUCCAGAGUCAGAACCUGGUGACAGACAAUGUGGAGGUGGUGGAGGGUGACGUGGCCGUCAUCAGCUGCAGGGUGAAGAACAACGACGACUCUGUCAUCCAGCUCCUCAACCCCAACAGACAGACCAUCUACUUCAGAGACGUCCGACCCCUGAAAGAUGCUCGCUUCCAGCUGGUCAACUUCUCGGACAAUGAGCUGCGGGUGUCUCUAUCCAAUGUGAGCCUGUCGGAUGAGGGGAGAUACGUGUGCCAGCUCUACACGGACCCCCCACAGGAGGCCUAUGCAGACAUCACUGUGCUGAUCCCUCCAGGCAACCCAAUCAUCGAGUCCCGGGAGGGGCAGGUGAUUGAGGGCAACGAGACAGAGAUGACCUGCACCGCUAUGGGCAGCAAGCCCGCCGCCACAAUCAGAUGGAUGAAGGGAGACAAAGAGCUCCAAGGCAUAUCCAAGGUGGAGGAGACAUAUGACCACAUGUUUACGGUGACCAGCCAACUGAGGUUCAUCGUCACUAAGGAGGACGACGGCGUGCCCGUGGUGUGCAUCGUGGACCACCCAGCCGUCAAAGACUUCCAAGCCCUGACGUACCUGGUGGUACAUUAUAAACCGGAGGUGAAGAUCAUAGUGGAGUUUCCUGAUGGGCUGCCAAGGGAGGGACAGAACAUGGAGCUGUCAUGCCAGGCCAAAGGCAAACCCCAUCCUCAGCAGAUCAACUGGGUGAAGGUGGAUGAUGACCUGCCCUCACACGCCCUCAUCACCGGCCCGGACCUGUACAUAGAGAACCUCAACAAGACCUACAACGGCACCUACCGCUGCUUCGCUGCCAACUCAGUGGGCGAGUCGUAUGACGACUACAUCCUCUACGUCUACGAUGCCCCCACCACUACCCCUAUACCCACUACAGCUACCACCACAAUUCCCACCACCACCACCAUCUCUCUCCCUGAAGCCACUGCAGGUACAGUAUAACCUCCCACCACCUCCCUGUGUUUGUGUGUGCGUGUGCUGGUUGUGCGUGCAUUGUUUGUGUGCAUAUGCGUUACCCACCACACCACAAACACCACCACUUACA